UACACCUGCCUGGACUUCCUCCUGCGCCGAGCCUGUCGUGGUUUGUGUGUUUGCUCGAAACUGGGAAAGUCGCCCGGUGCUCGCCUGCAGGUUGAACUCCACCUGGACCAGAGGGGCUGCGACAGUUUAACCACAGCUAUGCGGCGAGAAUGGUAGUGGAUGGAAAGCUCGGCGGGUUGAACUCUGGUCAGACUUCGCGCUGCUUUGUAUUCGUCGACUUUAGAGGGAUCUCUUUGUUUUCGACAUCGACACGUUAGCUGCUUCCGGAAAACAACGUACGUACAGAAAAUCAAGAUGAAGACACGGAGAUAACAGUGUUGAUUCCGGAUCGUCCUUUCAUCGCUGCGGCGGAAUCAGCUUUGGACAUGCACACAUAGACCGAUGAGACACACCAGAGAGAGUAGAUAAGAGGACGGUCAUUCUAUACAGACGCAGAAGUUUGGACUGAGCUCCCUCAGAAAAUGGCCACAAUAGAAACCAAAACUGUCGGCGGUGGCAGCAGCAGUGCUGCAGGUCUGUCGUGGGCUCGGGUCUGUAAGGAGUGCGGCCAGCAGCACGAGGGCCAGGAGAGCCACUUGUACGAGUAUCAAGACGAGGUGGACGAUGAACUGGUUUGCCACAUCUGUCUGCAGCCGCUCCUCAAGCCUAUGGAUACACCCUGCGGCCACACGUACUGCUUUCAUUGCCUGAGCAGCUUCUUGAAAGAGCAGGACUUCUGCCCGGUGGACCGGCAGCGGCUGCAGCUGCAUCAGUGUCGUCCCUCCAGCCUGCUGGUCAGGAACCUGCUGGACAAGCUGACUGUGAUGUGCCCCCACCACACAGAGUGCCAGCAGCAGAUGCAGCGCUGCGAGCUGCAGCCUCACCUCCACAACAGAUGUCCUGUUUUUAGAAGGCUGAGGGAAGAAGCCGAAAAGAGGAAGAGGCCCUCGUGGAAUGAAUUAAAGGGACGCAAGAGUGACGCCGAAUCGACAGGAGAUGCUAAACAAACAACAACGCAGUCCCGAAAUCCAAACCGGGAUCAGCCCGAGCCUGGCCUGAUUAACCCUGCCUACGAGGAAAGCGAGGAUGACAACACCCCGCUGCGGUCCAGUUUGGUGGCCGAGGCCAACGUGGUGGAGCUGUUCAGAGAGGAACCUGAGGAAGAGCUGGGCCUUCGUAUCGUCGGGGGGAAGGACACGCCGCUAGGAAACAUAGUCAUCCAGGAGAUUGUCCGGGACUCGCUAGCGGCUCGAGACGGCAGACUGGCCCCGGGGGACCAUAUAUUAGAGGUGAAUGACGUCAGUCUGGCUUCAGUUCCCCACGCCCGGGCCAUCGCGGUGCUUCGGCAGCCCUCCCUCCUCAGGCUCACCGUCAUGCAGGAAAAAGGUUUCAAAUUAAGGGAUCAACGGGCCGAUCAUCACCCUUCCACUUCCACCACCCUCCCUGCCUCCCAACCUGCUCUCAGUCCCCAUGGCAACGCUACCUCCAAUCACAACCCGGGCACCGUCCUGCAGGUGACGCUUAUGAAGAGCCAGCGCUCAGAGCCGCUCGGCAUCAAACUCAUCCGCAAAUCAGAUGAGAGCGGGGUUUUUAUCCUGGACCUGCUGUCUGGCGGUUUGGCAGCCAAAGACGGAAAACUGAGGAACAAUGACAAAGUGCUGGCCAUUAAUGGACAUGACUUGAGGCAUGGCACACCUGAGAGCGCUGCACAGAUCAUACAGGCCAGUGAGGUGCGCGUGAACUUUGUGGUGAUGAGACCUGCAGAGACUCACGAGGAAGGGGGAAGCAACAGAGAGGGACAGCACAGCCGAACAGCCAGGCGUCCCCCUGAGCUGCAGUACUUCAGGCGCCAAUCCACCUACAUGAAGGAUCCUCCAGGUGGGUUUUCCAGUCAGGAGAAGACUGUGAGCUUAAAGAAGGAGCCUCGGCUUUCUCUGGGCAUCACCAUUGCGGGCGGGAGGGAUUGCCGUAGCCGUCUGCCCGUUUACAUCACGAGUGUGCAGCCUGUCGGCUGUCUGCACCGAGAUGGUACCAUCAAAAGAGGUGACGUUUUGCUGAGCAUCAACGGCGUUGAUUUGACUCAGCUCACCUACAAUGAGGCCGUUUCCGUGCUCAAGGCUCAGACGGCUCAGUCGCAGGUGGUGCUCCGUGUCAUCCAGACCCUGUCCGAGGACGCCGAGGAGGACACGGAGGCCUCCAACAAGGACGAGCUCGACCCCAUUGACGACCCGCGAGACGACGGCUUCAACUGGACACCACUGUGGACUCGUUGGCUGGGAUUACCAAGUCAAAUGCACUGGUGCCGAGACAUCGUCCUGCAGAAGACCAACAACGAGAGCUGGGGCUUUAGCAUCGUUGGCGGCUACGAGGAGAGCCACGGGCAGCAGCCCUUCUUUAUUAAAACCAUCGUGCCUGGUACACCUGCCCACUUCGACGGACGCCUCAAGUGUGGUGAUGAGAUCGUAGCGGUGAAUGGAGCCACAACCGUGGGAAUGAACAACUCCUCCCUCAUCCCCAUGCUCAAGCUGCAGAAGAAUAAAGUCACGCUGACUGUGGUGUCGUGGCCAGGAAGUCUAGUGUAGCACAAACACACACUCAUUCUUUUUUUUAAUUCUCUGUGUCCCUUUUGGUUGUCACAUGCACUCACACUCUUUGCCCUGUUUCGCUGCGUUCGUUACUGAGACACACACUAUCCUUUCCGUGUGCAACUUGUUUCACACGCGUGUCCUUAACAAACAUCCCAUGUUCAAAAGAAAUCAUUUUUCACAGGUAUAAUCUGAGCACGUGUUUGUCUUGGUGUGGUGUGCUCACAGGGCGGUUGGUGACUAUGUCAGGGUGCAGAAAUGUCGACAAUCAGUAAAUUAUAUGCUAAAGACAAACUAGAAGGAUUGUGAUCUUGAAACAUCUUUGUUAGCUUGUUUUUAAACUGUAUAUUUUUUUCCUGUUCAAUAAUAUAACAUUUAGUAGUCAUGGCAUUUGAUUCAAGUGAUUCACCUAAUCAGUGUGUAAUGAUGAAGAUGUAGCGAAUAGAUCUAGACUGAUGACUACAUUUAACAAAAUGGCUGCUGACUCUAUAGAUCAAUGCCAAAGACAAAAAGAAGCCCUCAAACUUGUACCUGUUGAACCACUAGUGUGACUUAAUCUACUUAAAUAUCAUUGCACUUUCGAACCGUGGACGGACAAACUAUCAACUAAAAUUGACAUGAAGAACACACUCCUGAUUAUAAUAAACCUGUGGGGACCUUUGAAUCAGAAUCACGUGUUUGGGAAACGGAUUUGGUUCAUUUCCUGUUAUGAUUUGAUAUUAAUACAUUCUGAAACAGGAAUUAAACAUUGUAGUAAAAUCUUAGCUGGUCUAAAGAAGCUAAUAAAUUCUGUGGUGAAUGUUUGGUCUUAAAUCAAACGUGCUGUCAGUCCAUAAAUCACCUGCUUUUGAUUUGUUCACAGUGAUACGUGUCCAUGUAUCAGCACUCUGUAUUUAUUUUCAAAUGUUGAGAUGGUUUGUACUGAAUGACAUUUAUAAGUGGGUGCCUUGUAGAUACUGAAGGACGAACCAGAAUGUAUACUUAAGCCUUAAUUGCCACUGUACCAAAAAUGUGUUUUAUAGUUUUAUUUCCUGUCAUUAUGUCCUGUUCAUAGGAGCGGCCUUGUUCAGACAAAUGAGUGUGAGCACAUUCCCAGUGGCCUUGCUUGUAUCUUAACUGAUGCAAGACUAAAUGAACAAUUUAGAGUGAAACAUGCGUGAGGUAAUGUGUGUAUCAGCCUGUCUGCUGUUUCAUUGUGUUCAAUAAAAUCUCAUCGAAUCAA